UUUCAGUUGGGAGUUCCAAUGACAUCUAUUGGAAAGAUGGAUUCCUUUCAACAGGAUAGUGAGAAACGUGCCAAGAGAUCAAGCUAUUUUGAGAUGUUAUCUAGUAUCUCUAGUGAAUUGGAUUUAAUGUUGAAUGAUCUGAAAAAGAAUGACGAGUCUUUUGAUCCUGCAUCUCCAAGAUCACCGCGUACUGUUUCUUAUGUGGCAUCUGAAACAAAAGACAGGAACUUACCCAGAAGUAGUAAGAGUCUGUCUACUUCAGACAUAGAUGAGUUUUGUUCAACUGGAGUGACAUCAUCAUCAGGCAGUAAUCACAUCUCCGCUCCAGACCCAUUGAUUGCAUUGGACCCUAUCAUUCAUAAUAAAUCAGAAUACAAGACUUCUCUUGGCCAUUCUAUGCCUGAUAAUACCCUGACGAUGAUGACUCGUUUAGUCCAUACUAAACCAAUUUGGUAUUUACCACACACUCAAAGGGCUGCAGCAAUACAUUAUCUACAGGGUCAACCUGUUGGGACGUUUGUGGUCCGACAGGCAAGGCAGAAAGAUAAACUGUCUUUGACUAUGAAGCAUCCUGGUUCAGGAAAGGGUCCAUAUAUUGAGAGUUACCCCAUUGAAACCACAGUACAAGGAGUUAAGUUGUCCAAGGGAGACAUGGUGUUUCCUCUGUUGGAUAACCUGAUAGCAUACCACAUGCAGACUGAGGCUCAAUUACCAUGCCAACUGACUCUUCCCAAAGCAGUUAUGGCAGCGAGGAAUUUGAGAGAAAUUCAGUCUUUGGCACUACUUGAGGAAGAUUUCUGGAAGUCAUUACACAGCAGACCUCCAACACCAAAAGAUUUAUUCAAAAAAGUUUCUUUGAUGCAUCUUUCGCCAACAUUAUCAAAACCGAGCAUGCCAGUAACCAGCUCUAUGAAUAAGCAACAAGAUCAGUCAAACAUCACAUAUCCUGCCUCUCAUCUUGUCGCUGGGCUGUCAAGUAAGGCAGAUGUUCCAGGCAUGUAUGGUGUCAUCAAUACUACACCUCCUGCUAUUUAUGCUAAUACCAAUGACAAUAAUGAUUCAAUGAAACCUAUAAGGAACUCAAUCCAUGAUUUAUCAGCACAUGCAAGAAGUAGCUUCAAUCCGCUUGCAAGCUUACAGAGACCAUCUUCAGAAUUUGAUCGUCAAGAUAUGCGUUUUAGCAGUGCUAGUGAGUUUGAAUUUAUGACAUCUACAAGUGAACAGCGCUACCCUCCACCUAGAUGUGCACCCCCUCCUCCACCGAGUGGAGAGGAACCCUUCAAAAUGCCACCCUCUUCAAGAUAUACUUGGUCACUUUCUUCAGACAAUGUCCAGUAUUGUUUGCCACAUGACCAGCCUUAUUUGCCACCUAAGCAAAAAUCACCAGAGAAAUCAGCGCUCCAGAAUACAGGUCAGGAUCCUUAUAGAAUACCGGCUUUUGAUAGGACGAGAAUGAAUCCAAGUGUUACCUCAUUGAUUACUCAGCAACAUGGUAAUUACAGAACCCCUCCCACACCUGCUAGUUGUAGACAAUCUAAAUCCUAUUAUGACUCACAGGAGCCUCCAAAUGCCUCAAGGGCAACAGAACAAAUUCAAAACAUCCUGCAGCCGUUAACUACAUGCAACAACAGCAGCAGCAGUACUGAACCCGUACCAUGGCAUGCCCUUCCAGAAUUUGACCCGCUGUUUUGCACAAGUGAAAACAGGGAGAUAUCUCAACACACAGAUAUUGCUUCAGAACUUAUGAGAGAUUGCUUGAUUGGAGAUAUUCAAUAUGAAAUUGAGGAAUUAGCAGACAGCACCAACAACAAUAGCAAAUCAGAACAAAUGGCACCUAUGUCUAAUUAUCCAGAAAGGACUUCAUGUGAAAUACCUAAACUCAUUCAAGUGAAUGAUGAGGAUUCAGAAGAGGGAGGAACAGCUUCUGAUCGGGAAAUUGAAGAUAUUCUUAAGAAUGAAUCUUUGGACAGUUCUUACCAAUCAGACUCUGAAUUGAAUCCAUCAAGUUCAUUUAGUGAGGGUGUACCUUUCACAGAGAAUGAGAAUGGUAAUCAUCUCUUACUCAGUCAAUCAUUGGAAUUUAGUACAGUAGAAAGAAGUGAGGUGGAACAAUCUGGUGAAGAAGAUAAGAAGGAUGAUAAGAGGAUUAAAUCCGGACUUUCACAUUUCAAGAAGCUCAGAUUACUUGCUAAGAAAAGUUCGCGUGGAGCUACUAAGAAACUGCAUAGGAUAUCAGGGAAGAGCAAGAAGAGAGAUGCUAGUACUGACAUUCAAGAGGCAAUAUUAAGAGUGGCUGGAAAUAAAAACAUUGGUCUUGGAGCUCUGUUACAUGGAUUUAUCAGGACACAGGAAGAGAAGUGUGAGAGUGAUAAACCUGACAUUGUACUAAGAAGCAUCAGACAAUUUAUGAGUGGUACAAAGAAUUAUCUUCUCAACAAAAGAGAACCAGAAAUUGAUGCUGUCAUUGAUAGACACAUGGAUGAGUUGGAUCUAGCCAGUUUGGAAGCCAUUGUUGAGAGUGCUCUGUAUCAAUGUGUCCUGGAACCAUUGAAAUCAGAUAUAGGAAUGAGCUGCAUCAAUGAAUAUAACAGGAAUGGAUCAAUGGCCUUAAUGGAUCACAAUAUCAUGCAAGCAAAGAAACGAACACCAGAGGAACUAGGAAUAAAGUCAAACUACAUUCCACCUGAAGGAGAAGAUCUAGAUAUGAUUAGACAACUCUUUUCACAACUUCAAGAGGCUUACUCUCCAAUCACUAAACUGGAUUUACUCUUAAACAUUGUAUCUGCAAUAUACAAAUCAGUCCAAGAUAGAACCAGUGGAGAAGCAGUAACAAACUCAAUGGGAGCUGAUGAUUUCCUACCAAUGCUAAUCUAUGUAUUAGUACAAUGUGAGAUGAUAAGCAUAGAGAUUGAGGCAGACUAUAUGUGGGGCCUUCUUGAUCCUUCUAUGCUGUCAGGAGAGGGUGGAUAUUACCUGACAACACUCAGCAGUGCAAUCUGUGUCUUGAAGCAGUUUGAAGAGGAUUUUGAAGGAGAGAGACAUGGUUUCUUAACAGUGCUGGUAGCAGUAAGUCAAGAUCCAGUCUGUAUUAGUCUCAAGACAUUACCUGUAUCACCUGAUAUGCAAGCUACUCAAAUAUGUGAAAUGUUAGCUCAUCGAAUGGAUCUGGAAGAUACUCAAGACUAUAGGCUAUAUUUACUAAGAGACUCAGAAGAGAUUGAAGUAGAAGAUUGUGAAUGUCCAUUGGAUAUCAAGAAUGAAGAAGAAUCAGAUGGAAGGAGAAGCUGUCGUUUUGUAUUCAGACCAGUACAUACAGAAGUUAAUUGGCCUCGUACUAGUGGAUUGAGAUAAAUGAUGCUUCACAAUUAUUUAUAUUAUAAUUAUUUUUCAACCUUAUUUAAACUAGUGCCAUAAUCUUCAUCUCAUAUACAUUUUGGUCUUUUUGCUUGACUAGGAACAAAAUAAUGUGUGGACUUCUGGAGAUAUAUAGUAUUUUUUUCUUAAAUUUGUUGCAAAUUACUUCAUAGUGAAUAUACAACGUUUUAUGGUUUGAUCUGAUUUCUAGGCAUCCACAGAGUUUUAUUUGAUGGAGUAACUUUUUAUCAGGCUCAUAGAAGUGAAAGAUCUGAUAUAUGUUUUGGGGUUCCAAGGUCCAAAAUCAAAGGAAGUCAUUAUGCACCUAAAAUGUGUUUUCUUUCAUGAUAAAUAAAGAAGUGCUUCACAAAGUAACAUCAAUUUUGAUUGAUGUAUAGGCAAUUCUAUAAAAUGAUAAACCAUUUUGUAUGUCCGGCCCCCAUUUUUCUCAAGUCUUACUUCACUUCAUAAACUGUGCAAGUCAUUGUUCUUUGAGAACAUUACAGACUGUAA